UGCCUCAGUGGACCACAGUACAGUACAGAGCUACAGUGAAGCACAUCAAUCCGUCGAUGCUGGAGCUGGAAUGAGGAAUAAUGGAACACACACACUGCUGUAACCAGAGUGAGAUUAACGCGUAUCGGGUGGAGGAGGGAGGCAUGUCUUGAGCAGAAACUAAAAAAAGCACACGCGCGCGCGCGCGCAUACAUACGCGCACACACACACACACACACACACAUACAAACACGCACGCACGCACACAAAGGGUAGCCGAUCAAUAAUCUGUUUUUUGCACACCGCAGCAUGGGAGCGCGUGUCACAUGCACUUGCUAGGUAAAAGCAACAGAGGAGGAGGUGGUGGAGGAGGAGAAAGAGGAGGAGGUGGUGGUGGAGGAGGAGGUGGAUGAUGCUGCGGCAAGCGAUCUACGGCGCGCUCAAAGCCUCGUUCUACUGGCUCGGCUUGUUCGUGAGCCGGCACCCGGUAUUCUUCCUGACCGUGCCCGCCGUCCUCACGGCGCUGCUGGGCGGCGCGGCGCUGCGUGGAUUCGCGCCCGAGGCUGACCUGGAGCGGCUGCUCGCGCCCGCGCACAGCCUCGCCAAGGUCGAGCGGCGCCUCGCCGACAGCCUGUUCCCGGUGGAGCGCUCGAAACACCGCCUCUACUCGGACCUGCACACGCCGGGCCGCUACGGCCGCCUCAUCUUGCUCGCGAAACGCGGCGCCAACGUGCUCGAGCUGGCCGAGCAGGUGCUGCGCGUGCACCGGCACGUGCUGGAACUGCGCGUCGCGCACCGCGGCUUCAACUACACGUUCGCGCACCUCUGCGUGCUCGACGGCCAGCGCGAGCCGCGCCGAUGCGUCCUCGAUGAUAUAAUCGCGAUCUUCGAGGACAUCCGCGAGGCCAUUCUAAACAACAACACGUUCGCUAAAGUGCCCGUGAGCUACCCGAACACCACGUUAAGGGAUGGCCGAGUGGCAUUUAUCGGGCACCAGCUGGGCAGCGUUGUGCUGGCAUCACAUGGGCGUGAGCGGCACGUCAAGUCUGCACGGGCUGUCCAGAUCACCUACUACCUACGUCGGCUGGCUCCCACGGUACAGGAUGCUAUUGCUGAGAAAUGGGAGAACGAGUUUGGUAAGAUGGCGCAACAUUUAGCAACAGCCAGCCCUGACCUGCACGUGCAGGCGUUAACAUCGUUUGGUCUGUGGCGCGACUUCCAUGCGACGGGGGCACUGGCGAAGGGCGAGGUGCUGGUGGGCCUGGUACUGGUGCUGCUGGCUGCCACCAUCUCCAGCUCUAUGCGUGACUGUCUACGUGGGAAGCCCUUCCUGGGGCUGCUCGGUGUGCUGACUGUCUGCAGCGCCAAUGUCACCGCUGCUGGCAUCUUUUUCAUCUCACAUGGCAAGUUCAACUCCACGCUGCUCGGUAUCCCCUUCUUUGCCAUGGGGCACGGAACCAAAGGAGUGUUCGAGCUCCUGGCUGGCUGGAGAAGAACCCGGGAGAGUCUGCCGUUCAAAGAGCGAGUGGCAGACGCCUUUGCCGAUGUGAUGGUAUGCUACACCAUGACGAGCUCGUUGUAUAUCAUCACGUUCGGCAUGGGCGCCAGUCCUUUCACCAACAUCGAGUCCGUGAAAGUGUUCUGUCAGAGCAUGUGCGUGGCCAUCCUGGUCAAUUACUUCUACGUCUUUUCCUUUUACGGCUCCUGCCUGGUGUUUGCUGGCCAACUCGAACAGAAUCGCUACCACAGUGUUUUCUGCUGCAAAAUCCCCUCUGUAGAAUACCUGGACCGCCAGCCCACAUGGUUCAAGACCAUGAUGAGUGAUGGCCAUGAUCUUUCCACACACCAUGACAGUAUGCCCUACCAGAAUCACUUUAUUCAGCACUUCCUGAGGGAGCAUUACACAGAGUGGAUUACUAACACAUAUGUCAAGCCCUUUGUGGUCAUCCUCUACCUGAUCUAUGCCUCCUUUUCAUUCAUGGGAUGUUUACAAAUCAGUGACGGCUACAAUAUAGUGAAUUUACUCUCCAGCAACUCACCCAGUGUGUCGUUUGCCCUGACCCAGCAGAAACUGUUCAGCAACUAUAGCCCAGUGAUAGGAUUCUACAUCUAUGAGCCUAUUGAAUACUGGAACUCCACAGUACAGGAGCACCUCAAGACACUAGGGCAGGGUUUCAAUAAGAUUUCCUGGAUUGAUAAUUACUUUAAUUAUUUGAAGGUCACAAAUGUCAGCGCAUCAACCAAAAGCGAUUUCAUCAAUAUUCUCAAGACGGCAUUUCUUAGAAGACCGGAGUAUCAGCACUUCACGGAAGACAUCAUUUUCUCAAAAAAUGGCGAUGAGUAUGACAUCAUUGCAUCCAGGAUGUACCUGGUAGCGAGAACCACUGAGAAGACAAGGGAGGAGGUGGUGGAGCUGCUGGAGAGACUCAGACCCCUCUCUCUUAUAAACAGCAUCAAGUUCAUCGUCUUCAACCCCACCUUUGUGUUCAUGGACCGCUACAGUUCCUCAGUUGUCUCCCCAAUUCUAACAUCAGGUUUCAGUGUCCUGACCAUCCUCAUCCUCACAUUCUUCCUCGUCAUUAACCCCUUAGGGAACUUCUGGUUGAUUUUGACCGUCACUUCUGUGGAGCUGGGUGUCCUAGGCCUCAUGACACUCUGGAAUGUAGAUAUGGACAGUAUCUCUAUCCUGUGCCUUAUUUAUACUCUGAACUUUGCCAUGGAUCACUGUGCCCCUCACCUCUACACGUUUGUACUGGCCACCGAGCACACCAGGACUCAGUGCAUCAAGAUUUCGCUCGAAGAGCAUGGGGCAGCCAUUUUGCAGAAUGCCUCGUGCUUUGUGAUUGGGAUAAUGCCCCUGCUCUUUGUGCCUUCCAACCUGACCUACACACUGUUCAAGUGCUCACUACUCACCACCGGAUGUACAGUGCUGCACUGUUUCAUCAUCCUCCCGGUCUUCUUGACUUUUUUCCCUCCCUCCAAGAAAAGGCACAAGAAAAAGAAACGGGCGAAGCGGAAAGAGCGCGAGAGGGAGCGAGAGAGGGAGGAGAUCGAGUGCAUCGAAGUCAGAGAGAACCCCGACCAUGUGACCAGCGUCUGAGACGUUUGUGCGAGUGUAACCGGGAGCGUCCCGUCCACUCGGACGGCGCGAGAUUACAUGUAGCGUUUCGCAGUCAUGUGGGUCGAAGUGGAUCCACCUUUUCGAGUGACCCCUCAACAGCUCCACGAAUACUAAUAGGCACACUUGCUAUCUAGAGCAAGAAGGUCUUCUUAUGUUGCACCAUUCAUCCCAGACUAGUCUAUAGCAUCUGCCUGCUUCUGUGGACAGGUCACCUGUUAUUUCCGUGAUUGAAAUGAUAUCACGACCUGCUAAAACCAACGCCGAGCUGUUUCUCGAGCAUGGCCGGGAGUAGAUCGAGAGAGUAGUACUAAUACUAAUAAGUCUGAAAUUGUCCAAAAUUGUAGCCGAUGUACUAAAUAUGGCUGAUAUGUUUAGAAAUGAAAGGCUGAAAAGAAUACAUUUCAGAUGACUGAAAACCCUGAAUAUGUAUUUUUCACUAGACAAAAUGUAUAGAGUUGAAAUUCAGUCACUAUUGUCCUGGUUAUCAAAUACGUGCGAGGGCUAACGAGUAAGUGUUCAUACAUGUAGCAUGACAUUAUUAUUAUUAUUAUUAUUAUUAUUAUUAUUAGAAAGUUUAUCGAAGUUGAGCAGAGCAGAUGUUAUACACUGUCCAUUCAAAUGAACAAACGAACAUGAAGGUACAAUUUCGUGACAUUACGUUGGAACCGGAUGUCCUUGUUGGAAUUCUGUCUGUGUUUCCGUUCGUUUUGCAGCAUUUCGAAGGCGUAAUACGAGACACGACAACUACGGGCUGAGAAUGACGCGAACAAACGUUUCGAGUCAUGUCCAAAACAGCAGGUGGAUAAAAUAGACAGUACAAUAGAUAUUGAAAGUUGCAGCGAAAGAAGUUUUCCAAAUGAAUACUCGUUACAGUCAGCGCCAGACUUUUACAUCCAGUGUUUAUUCACCCACAUGAUGUUGUUGUUUUUUUACUUACUAGUAAGACAGUAUACGAUCCAAGCAUCUGAGAGUAAUGCAAAUGUUGUAGAAUUAGAUAUGCACCAGUUGAAAAGAAGACAGUGCAAAAUAGUUGUAGGAAGAACAGCGUCUGCAGGAACUAAACACUGUAGUAGGACUUAUUGCUAGAACAUAGAGAAAUAUUAGUUACA